AUGAGUUCACCAGAAGGUUUCGAGCUGUUCACCUCUCUCCGAUAUGAUUCGUUGCUUCUUCAAAGCGAUGCCAACAAUGCUUCCACACUUAGUUUCACCGCUCCGACUUCUUUCUACAUGCUCGUCUACCACCGCGACCGGAUGCUUGAAGCUGCACGUCACUUCGAUUGGCUCGAGGUAGCGUUGAAAUUGGAAGACGGGAAGGGUCUUGAAGCACUCCUGGGCCAUGCAGUCAACGAAAACAUACAGAAGACAGGAAACGAAGGUCCAUUCCGAGUUCGAGUGUUAUUCUCAAAGACAGCCUCGAUGAAAGUCGAAUGUAACUCAAUACCACCUGUAUCACUCAAGACCUUAUAUCCCCAGUCCAUACCCGCACCACAGUUGUCGAAACCAUUCAAGCCAUCGCCAUUGACAGGAGGAGUCAUGACUCUCGGUUCCGACCAUCAGGCUGAACUGGAUCAAGCUCGCUGGAAGUUACAUGUCGACAAAUCGUCAACUCCCUCAACAGCUUACACGUCAUUGAAGACAACUCUAAGAUCACAUUAUGACGUAGCUCGCGAGCGCUCCAUACCUUCGAAUCAUUCAACUGAAGAAAUCCAUGAAGUACUAAUGUACAACGACAUUGAAGAGAUGACCGAAGGUAGCUUGACGUCAGUAUACUUUUGGCGGGGUGGGCGUUGGGUCACGCCACCUGUUGGCAACACGCUGCUAAGUGUUGGAUAUAGUGGGCCGGAAGAAGGCAUUGGUGCUCAACCGGAAUGCGUGAAGACGGGAAGCGAUGGUGACCGGUUGCCGUCGUUCAGGGGCCGAUGGGGACACAGUCUACGCAAUACAAGUAAGUAUCCGGACAGCGGUGGGCAGCGAGGUACAACACGGCGAUGGGCACUGCGAAAUGGUCAUUGCGUGGAGGAGGUUGUAGAGAAAAAUAGUGUGCGAGCAGGCGAUAUAGUGUGGCUUAGCAACGGAGUAAGAGGGUUCGUAGAAGGCAUAGUAAUCGAUUGACGCGGUAGCAACCAUAGACUUGAAGGAAGGAACGAAAGGAACGAAAGGACUAUGAUAAUAGCACCAAAGAAAACGAGUUACAUACCGUAAAUCAUGACUUUGGCCGC